AUUUAUACGUGCGGUGCAUUGUGUUUUGAUAACCGAGACUUAACAGAAAACCCCUGGCGAGUGUAAACAAGCUUUUGAGGUGUAAAAUGGAUAACGAAGAUAUUAUAAUGGAUGAUGGCGAUCCUGACCUUGAGACUAGAAGAAAGCUGAUAGAAUUAUAUAAAGUUAUAGUUAAUCAACCAGAUAAUCAACUAGAGAUUUUAAAUAAACACAGAGAUAUACUUGAUAUACCUAUAACAGUUGAAUGUAGAUGGCGAUGCAUGUGUAUAACCCUAUUUGAAAUGCAUCCGGGUCACAACCAUGAUAUGGAGACAGACCGCUACAAAAUGGUAUAUUCCUGGAUGGAAACAGGUCUCUGCAGAUGUCAUUCCAAUGGUCAACAUUUCGAAAAGAAGAAAUGCCAGAAAAAAUUAAUUCAUGUCGCUGCAGUGGUACGAAACAUCCCAGUUGUAGAGUAUUGGGUACAUUGCGGUCUAUCUUUAAAUGAAGCAACAACGGUGUCUUGUUACACGCCUUUAUUCUUGUCUGUGGUGAUUAACGGUACAGAACUUCUAAAAUAUAUGAUACAAAAUGGCGCCGAUAUUAACGUUACCUCGCGGUAUGAACGUAACACGCCAUUGAUGGAAGCCAUUUUAACGAGAAAGAAAGAAAUCGUCCAGAUAUUGUUGGAUAAUCCCAAACUUGACGUCAACGCUAUCAACUUUCGAAAAGAAACGGUCCUAACCAUUGCUGUAAGGGUGAGACGAAAAGAAUUGCUUCCCUUGCUAAUAGCACGAGGAGCUGAUCCUAAUCACGUGGACUGCACCGGAUUCACUCCACUGAUUCACGCAGUGCUGGAAGAAGAUGAUAAAUUAUUAAGGCAGUUGCUAGAACUUGGUGCUGAUAUUAAUAAAACUGACAAUAGAGGGGAAACACCGCUACAUUUUGCUGUACAUAAUGAAGUGUCCCAUAUUGUGUCAAUUUUGCUGGAAAACGGUGCUAACCCUAACGUAGCCGCUGGGGAUAGUUAUACUCCGUUACUAAUAGCAACAUACAGCGGAUCAGACGACAUGCGCGAUGUAUUAGAGCUGCUGCUAGAGAAUGGUGCUGAUGUCAACCUUGCUAAUGAACAGGGUUAUGCAGCCAUACAUAUCGCUGCAUGGAACGGAUAUCUACCGUCUGUCAAUUUACUGUUGGAACAUGGUUCCCCUCCCGAUGUGCGUACGAUAGACAAGAACACGCCCCUGACCCUGGCAGCUCAUGGAAAACACCCUGACAUCAUCGAUCGUCUGCUGCCGUUAAACUGUGACCUAAAUAACAAGGAUAAAGAUUUGGACACGGCUCUCCAUUACGCCGCCUUGAAUGACGACUGUAGCACUGUAAGACGUUUAAUACGUCACGGUGCUGACCCGGAUGUGCAGAAUCGCGUGUGUACCACGCCAUUGUGGAACGCCGUUCACGCGGGAUCGCUUGAAAUAGUAAAAAUUCUCUUGAAACGUAAUGUUACUUUAGAAGUUGCUUCUGUUGGAAUUGAUCAACAUGCCCAAGCUGAAGAAGUCGUGUUCUUGUAUUCAGAGCCGAAAACUCCAAUGCAUAUGAUCGGUGAGAAAUGUUUGAUUGAGUUGGGGAGGAUGCUUAUUGAAUCAGGAUACAAUAUGGCGAAGGAAAGCUGGCUGUUAGAUUCAGAUGUUAUACCAAAAGAACUGGAAUCCAACGAAGCCUUCCGGCAGUAUCUGAUUGAAGCCUACAAUACACCCCAGUCUUUGUUACUCCAGAGUAGAAAUUUCUUCAGAAAAUUGUUCGGUAAACACGUGACCGUAAAAACUGAAGUCCUAAAUAUUCCUGUUCCUCUUAAAUCCUACAUAACACUGAAAUACUUGUGAAUCUGUGACGUAUGAAUUUUGCUUUUUAGGUAAACGAUGAUGUGAUAUGAUGAAAAAGACUGGAUAUUAAAAUGAUGAUGACUCGUAUGUCCAGUGAACAAGGAGUAGGCUUUAUAUAGAGAUCAGGCCUUCUCUUGUGACAAUCGCCCUUCUUCCCCACCAGUCCCUUGCAAAAUGAGAUAAAUUUAAAAGAGACAAAUGUUUCAAUAUCGCUUCGUUUGUGUGUUUUACUACAUGUAAAAGGUCUUCAUUCCCAGUUUAUUGGCCAUUGUUUAUAACUGAAGACUAAUCGUGUGGGUGAUAUCAAAGUGAUAUCGCGGAAUAGUCUAACCCAUUGCUCUCGAUAUUUGGUUGUUGAUAGAUACUAGUGUGUGCUUAAGGCCACAUAACUCUGUAAAUAUUCUCUUUUGGAAACCUUUAAAGUUUGUACACCCCCCUUCUUCAGGAACCAACUAAUUUAAAAACCAAAAUGUCGUUGGUUUGAAAUAUGAAACAAAAUAUUAUUCACGAGACUUGAUUGAUUAUUUUUUUUUUAUCAAGACCUUAAGAACCUAGAAAUUCGAUUUCCCUAAAAGUUUCCUGCAGGGCUAUGUACACAUUGGCGUGCACGUGAAAGAUACCUUGACAGAAUUUGAAAUGAGAGUAGGUCGUAGUGCCGCUGUCCGGGCGAAAUUCACCUCACAACACACUGUAUGUCGUAUGCCCGUCUUCAUAACCCCAGUCGGAGCAGAACAGUAGGACGUUAAACCCCAUUUAAUUUAAUUCCAUAAACUAAUUAUUAUAAUAUUUGAGUUAACGCUUAAGGGGGGAGGCUAUCCGAAAAUUUUUAUUCUGAAAUGUUAAAGCUAUUGAAUUGAAAAUAGUACAAUUAGUUAGGAAAUGUAAUAAACAAGGCAAAACUAGCAUUUAAAAAAGUUGUUGCCAGGGUAACACAUUUUUUGGGAAAAAAUUAUGAAAAACGUAGGUACACUAUAUCUCUGUAACUAAGAUAUCUUCGCCAAAUUUGCAGGAUAUAUAAACUAAUAUCUACCACACAAUCAAACAGAAAGCAGUUUGAAUUAUCAUUAAUAUUUCAAAAGUUAUCAAAAUAUUUUUCCAAAGACAAAAUAUUGUGGUGAGGCAAAUGUUUUCAACACCAUUUCCCAAGAAACUAUAAAAAAUAUAGAGAAAAACUCUCUGUCCGGUUUUGGAGUUAUCAUUAAAGAAUAAGCAGUUCGAAAAUGAGACAUUUGUCUUUAUUAGUGCCAGAGAUAUGGUGUACCUACGUUUUUCAUACUUUUUAAAAAAAAAAACCAAUGUGUUACCCUGGCAACGACUUUUCUUUCUCUAUUUUUAAUGUUAGUUUUCCCUUGUUUAUUACAUUUCCUAACAACUUGUGCCUUCUUCAAUUCAAUAGCAUUAAAAUUUCAGAAAGCAUUUUCCAGGUAGCCCCAUCCCUUAAAAAGGCGUCACCGUUUGUCAAGGUAUGAGACUUCUUGUAGGCGACAUGCGUUCGUCAACGAAACGUUGUUUAACGUUUGUUGUUAAAUGUUGAAAAUAUAUAUAUAAUAUAGAUGUUAAAUUGUUCAAAAUAUAUUUAUAUACAUAGUAUUAACUUGGUCUUCGUUUGCUGUGAAAUAUUUUUAUGACAUGUUUUGAUGAAUUAAUACGAUUUACUUUUCAUAAGGUCUGUCAUCGAGCCAACUGAAGUGGUUUCGAUUCGACGGUUGUACGUGACAAGUAGUAGGGUCACCUGUCCAACCUCGUGGUUUUUUCCGCGGGUCCUCCGGUUUCCUCCCACGGCUAAAGACCUCUACGCGCAAGCGAAUUAUUGAAAUGAAAUAGAACCAUGUGUUAGUCCCGAAAUGACCUAGUUUGUGUCGCGUAGACGCUAAACCUUCAUUUCAUUUCAUUGAACGUACCUUUGGUUACGUCUGAAUACUGUCCAUUAUAGAUUUUAUUGGUUGUGUAUAUAAGUUAUAUGUGAUAUGUACACAUCUGUGAUAAUAUGUAUAUUAAUAUUGACUAUGAUGUGCCAGUGUGUAUAUAUUAUAUAUUGGGCUAUGAUGUAUCAGUUUGUAUAUAUUAUAUAUUGGACUAUGAUGUAUCAGUUUGUAUAUAUUAUAUGUUGGACUAUGAUGUAUCAGUUUGUAUAUAUUAUAUAUUGGACUAUGAUGUAUCAGUGUGUAUAUAUUAUGUAUUGACUAUGAUGUAUCGGUGUGUAUAUUAUAUAUUGGACUAUGAUGUAUCAGUUUGUUUAUAUUAUAUAUUGGACUAUGAUGUGUCAGUUUGUAUAUAUUAUUUAUUGGACUAUGAUGUAUCAGUGUGUAUAAUUAUAUAUUGGCCUAUGAUGUAUCAGUUUGUAUAUAUUAUAUAUUAGUCUAGAUAUGUAAUGUGCACAUGGCCGAUCAUAACUCACACUAGUAUGAUGCAACGUUUGGGAAAUUUUUCCAUUUUUCUUGCGUAUCGUUAGUUCAUUUUUCAUUUUAAUUCACGUUUGCAUCACUGCAGCCCUGGGCUGUACAGCGCAGAGGACGAUUACGACUAGCCCCCGGAUCCGUUCACUAUAUCUAAUAUAAACGUGUCGUGUCCAAGGAUUCGUCUUGUGUAAUUGUAUGUGUGUAAUACACCCCCCUGCACUUACUAAUAUAAACCAUGGUGAGAUUCUACCCCCCCCCCCGAUUGUACGAACCUCGGCCAAAGCUAAAGGUACGGAUAUUUAUAAAUAUAUAAGCAAAGGCCAGUCAGUUCAGCUUCCCAUUUGUAAACUUCUCCAAAAAUAUGAAAAAUAAUUAGCCUAUUGUUAAAGGGGCAUUAGGUAAGAUUAGACGAAUAGCUGACAGUUCUCACUAUAAUAGUUUUAAAAAAAUAGAUAAUGAAUACAGAAUAUUCUGAAAAUAUUAGUCAAAUUGCUUCACUCUGAAUUGCGAUAUUAGCGAUUCAAUAUUAGGCUAGCCUCGAACGUCAUGUACAAUAAUAAAGUCUAGCUUAUUAUCUGUUAUAAAUGGUAUUAAAUUCCACUAAAUAUCGCAUGCUAACGAUGGCUCCAAGAGUUGAUUAUGGUCUGGAUUAGUUAAUUAAUGUCUAAUUAAUAAUUUAGAUAACAUUUCAGGCCUAUAGAAAGACCUGCAAUAGGCAGAUUUAGCUCUUGCAUAAUGUAUGUUUAACGAUUGCAAUUGGUAGACUGUGGCAUGUCGUAGCAAAAGAUCUACCUGUGAACAUAUAGGCCUAUCUAAUCAACCUGAUAUACUGUUAAACGUUUUUUAAUCACACCAUUAGAUGAUAUAAAAUAUAUUACGUGCUUCUAGGCAAGGAAACAUUCACAAUAAUAAUUAAUAAAUAA